GGAGCAGCCGGUGUGAAAAAGUCAUCCUUAGCUGCUGGAGCAGAAUGCUUGAGGGAGUGACCCCUUGCUCUGAAUGGUGUCAGCUGGUGGAGUGUGGAGAAUGCUGUCUUCAUAACAGAGCUCUCAACGACAACAGGGCCAGCAGUUCUCCAGCGGUUCCAGCUCAAGUUCUCUUGAUUCGUGCACAAACUGGGAAACUACAACUUAAAUAACGGAGACGCUGCAGAACCUGCAGGACACCAGCUAGAACCUGUCCAGGUGGGUGUUCUCUCUCAACACGUCACAAGAUAAAGGGAGGAGAAAAGAAUUCCUCUGCAGUAUUAAACAUAGCAGCCUGACAGCCAGAUAUCUCAGAAAGCAAAAGCCCUGCUGAAGGACUUGAGGGCUUUUGGAUUGAUCAGCGUCACGCCUGAGCGUUCCUCUUGACGAGUUCAGCCCCAGUCACCUGAGUGAGGAUGGAGCCCUUCACCUACAGAAACACCGGAGCCUUCCUAGCCCUGGUCCUCUAUCUGACAGUGAGACAUGCAGGGGCUGAAAAGCUCUUUCACAGCCGCGAUCACUCCGACAUCCAGGAUCUGCCCUCAAGGCAAGCACAGCUUAUUCAGUCACCUGAGGCUGCGCAGGAAUUCCUAACAAAAUAUGGUUAUGUCGACCCUGUCGGUUGGGAGGAUUUUGAUUCCGAGAAUGUCCUCAUGCCUAUAGAUGAGAAUCAGGCUCCCAAAGAGCUGAUUUCUGAGGGAGAACCACCAUCUAGGUUUGGAGAAGAUAUAGAACAGAAACCGACUGAAAGCCCAGCCUACAUUGAAUCCCUGAAGAGCUUCCAGAGGGACAACGGGAUUCCGGUCACCGGCGUCCUGGACGAGCAAACCAAAGAGGUCAUGAACCGACCCCGCUGCGGUGUCCCAGACCACAAAGCAAGCUCCAACGAAACAGCUUCAAAUGAGACUUUCACCAUCUCCCAGACCAAUUCGACUGGAGAGAUCACUUCCAACGACACAGAGACAGCACCCAUACGGGAGAAGAGGUUCCUGUCCCGGCUGGUGGAGCAUGUCAGGAGGAAACGGGCAGACGUGUACACCCUGGCUGGAGAUAGCAGAACCAGCCAGGCUUUCAGCAAGUCCACGCUGAAGUGGCGCCUAAUGGAGGAGGGCUAUAGCAUGCACCUGUCCAUUGAACAGCAGAAGAGUGUGAUAAGGCUGGCUUUCCGGAUGUGGAGCGAGGUCAUACCUGUGCAGUUUGUAGAGGAUCUGACCUCUUCCUCUUCCGAAAUCGACAUCAAGCUUGGCUUCGGCACAGCACGACACCUGGGAUGCUCCCAAGUCUUCGAUGGAGUCGGGCAGGAGUUUGCUCAUGCCUGGUACCUUGGUGACAUUCACUUUGACGAUGACGAACAUUUUGUCGGAACAAACAGUGACCAGGGCAUCAGUCUGCUAAAGGUGGCGGUACAUGAAAUCGGACACGCGCUGGGUUUGCCACACAAGUACCGUACUGGAUCGGUAAUGCAGCCGAAUUAUAUUCCACAAGACAAUAACGUGGAAAUAGACUGGUUAGACAGAAAGGAGAUGCAGGCCCUGUAUGGUAUUUGCCAAGGUCCCUUUAACGCAGUCUUCGACUGGGUUCGAAGAGAGAAGAGUGCGACUGGAGAUUGGAUCUACCGGUUUAACACCUACUUCUUCAGGUCCAGCUGGUACUGGAUGUAUGAAAACAGAAGUAACAGGACACGCUACGGAGACCCAUUCCCUGUCAACAUUGGCUGGAGGGGUAUCCCCAGCUCCGACAUUGAUGCUUUUAUUCAUGUCUGGACCUGGAACAUAAAUGCCCAGUACUUUUUCAAAGGUACUCAGUAUUGGCGCUAUGACCCUGACAAUGACAUGAUCUUCACUGAAGAUCCUGAAGGAGUCAGAUAUCCCAAGCUGAUUUCUGAGGGCUUCCCAGGAGCUCCCAGCCCAAUAGACACUGCGUUCUUCGAUAAAAGGGAUCGCAACAUUUACUUCUUCAGGGGAUCCCAAGUGACAGCAUUCAGUGUUGACCUGAAACAGAAGGUCAGUGGAUACCCCAAGCAGAUUGUUGAUGUGUUCCCUGCCACGACUCCUGGAGAUCAUCCAAUUGGGAAUAUAGACUCUGUCUAUUACUCUUAUACAACCAAUUCCAUCUAUUUUAUCAAGGACACGUUGUACUGGAAGGUAGUAACUGACAACGAUAGGAUACGCAAUCCCUCCUAUCCCUACAACGGACUUCUCCAACAAAAUAAAGUCUCAAACAGCUGGUUUGACAUCUGCGACGUGCAUAAUUCAGUCCUAUUAAUGGGUAGCAAGUAAAAGGACUGAGCGCUUAAUAUGCCUUUGUUUUUAUGCAUAUGUUUUACGGUACAAUGUCAAUAUGUUGUGUUUUUUUAUUUUUUGCCUGGGUGUAUAUAUAUAUAUAUAUAUAUAUAUAUUUUUUUUUUUUAUUAUUAUUUGUUUAUUUAGCAGACGCCUUUAUCCAGGGCGACUUACAGAGACUAGGGUGUGUGAACUAUGCAUCAGCUGCAGAGUCACUUACAAUUAAGUCUCAGAGCACAAGGAGAUUAAGUGAGUUGCUCAGGGUCACACAAUGAGGUGGGAUUUGAACUGGUUACAAGCCCUUUUCUUUAACCACUGGACCACACAGCCUCCUGACAAUAUAUACAUUGUCAAACAAUUAAAAUAGUUGCUCAAAUGUGUUUAAAAUCUGCUGGAUAAGUGAAACUGGUUUUGCAGUGUACCCCUGGUAUAAAGAAGGACUUUAGGCUUUAGCCAAGUAGUUGUAAGAGUCAAUGGGUUUGCAGUCUGUAAAAUUGUUUAUAGUAGAAUGGUAUUUAUUUUUAUUGUUAAUGUAUUUAGGUCUUGUAUAGAUUCAUUAACAGUCCUUUAUAUGUAUAAAACAGGUUUGGGAUGUUUCAUAGGUUUUGUUACAUUUGUAGUGUAUUGGUUUUAAAUAAAUGUUGGUAAAAAGCAUUGGGCCCUAUUCAGUAUGACAUAAGAUCACGGAAGUCCAGGAUACAAAUAAAAUACUUUCUAUUGCAUUAUUAUUAUUAUUAUUAUUAUUAUUAUUAUUAUUAUUCCUAUAAAAAUGCCAACUAGGAAUUUCAUUUUUAGUAUUUGUAACUGAGAGAAAUCAACUUCCGUGAUAUAAGAAACAUGCAUGUUCUCAUUUUAUUGAAUCGUGCCCAUUGCAGUUAAUACUGUAUCUGUAUAGAAAUUGUGACUCCUAACAUGACGAUCAUGCUAAGGACAUAUUGACAAAGAUGUAAUUUAUCAAUUUGACAAGUGCCAGUUUAAACACAGCAUUCCUUGUGUUUGUUGUGCUGGUAAUGCUUCAAACUGUGUGCAAAGCCACCUUUAUUAUAUUAUGCAUCUGAGGUUAAAUGAAGGAUUAGCUAUUGCAAUAAAUAGUACUGAAAGUUAGCUGUCAGUUAAUUGUGAAUUACUGUUUAGUGCACACAUUAAUUGCAGUAUUGCUGCUGUAGCGGAAUAAAAUAUCGAUGUGUUUAGAAGUAACUUCAGCAAAAUGCAAUAAUGUAAUUAUUUGCUUACUACUAAUUAUAUCCACUUAUCAGCUGAUCUGCAAUGCAGGUGCUGUUUAAUAUGUAGAAUUUGUUUGUUGCAUAUAUUUUAACUUGGUUAUAUCAUUUAUUUUAAAGACUGUAUAUAACAUUGUAUAAUUACCUUGAUAUCUGAAUGCUUUUUACAUUUAUCAUUUUUAUUUUUGCUAGUUACAGUUUGACAACUGAUACCUUCAGCGAAACUAUAAUUUUUAAAGUUUGACUGCUGUAAUUGUAAUAUAACUGAACAGGUUUUUGUGACUUCAGUUGAAUGAUAUUUCAUGUGUGCCACUGUACUUGCAAAAUUUUGAUAACUAAAGAUGACAAGGCCUUACAACAAGAGCUUCAGUUGUAACUUACACGUGGCUUCGAACUGCUGUGUGUGUAAAAGAGUCUUUCAGACAGAGGGUAUUAAAAAUAUUAAAAAUGACUAAAUCAGUGUAAUCCAUCAAAAUUCUUGUCUAAUCGUUUAGUUUCUACAAAUAUAGAUUGAAUGUUGAACAGACAUGAUGGAUGAUCUAGGUAAAAUACACAGCUUGCAGUAAAAAUGCUUAAUAAAGGUUACUUUUUGACAGACCGCAGUUAAUUAACGAAAGAUGACGUUUCAAAAGGUGCUAUUCCCUAGGCACAAGAUCAUGUCAUUCAUGUCAUUGUCCAAAAGCCAGUCAAAGCGUAAAUUA